AUGGGAGAAAUAUUGAUUAUAAGUGAAAUAUGUUCUCCUGAACAGCUAUGCGAGGAGACACUGGGCAACAGGAAGAAAACCAAGAAACUAUUUCCUUUCCUUAUUUCUAUAUCAACUGUCCCUUUAAUACAAUACUUUAUUUGCACAGGGGACUGCUGGCUGUUGGCUGCAAUUGCUUCUCUUACGCUGGAUCAGGACAUCUUGGAGAAGGUUGUUCCAGAGAACCAAAGCUUUGAGAAACAAUAUGCAGGAAUCUUCCACUUCCAGUUCUGGCAGUAUGGCGAGUGGGUGGACGUUGUUGUGGAUGACCGGCUGCCUACAAAAAAUGGGAACCUGGUCUUUGUACACUCAGCGGAGGGGGACGAGUUCUGGAGUGCUCUGCUGGAAAAGGCCUACGCUAAGCUGACUGGAUCCUAUGAAGCACUGACCGGAGGUUCCACAAUAGAAGGGUUUGAAGACUUCACUGGAGGUAUCGCUGAGCUGUAUGAUUUAAAGAAGGCCCCAGCUGAUUUGUACCAGAUUAUACAGAAAGCCCUGAAGGCAGAAUCAUUGCUUGGAUGUUCAAUUGAUAUUACAAAUGCCUAUGAGACAGAGGACAUCACAAGUAGGAAACUGGUGAAAGGACAUGCUUAUUCUGUGACUGGAGCAGAAGAGGUUGACUAUCGUGGCCGUAAAGUGAAGCUGAUCCGGCUGAGGAACCCGUGGGGUGAAGUUGAGUGGACAGGACCUUGGAGUGAUGAAGCUCCUGAGUGGAAUUCUGUUGACCCUAAGGUGAAAGCUGCCCUUGACAAACAGUCGGAUGACGGGGAAUUUUGGAUGUCCUUUACAGACUUUCUGCAAGAGUACUCACGGCUGGAGAUAUGCAACCUGAGCCCUGAUACCCUAACCAGCAAGGAGCAACAUAAGUGGGAAGUGACUUUGUUUAAUGGUUCCUGGACACGAGGAUCUACUGCAGGCGGCUGCCAGAACUACCCUAACACAUAUUGGACCAACCCUCAGUUUAGGCUUAAGCUGGAGGAACCUGAUGACGAUCACGAUGGCGCUGCUCAUGAACCGUGCUGCACUGUUAUUAUUGGUCUAAUGCAAAAGAAUCGCAGGAGACAGAAAAAGAUUGGAGAGGACCUGCUUACUAUUGGCUACUCACUGUAUCAGAUCCCUAAAGAGGUACGGCAUGAAUGAGGAUUUGCCAGGAGAACUUUUACAAACCGAUACGAAAAACACGAUCACCAAUUACAGAUUAUGAUAUAGUUUUUGUUUUAAAAAUAUACUUAAACGUUUCUACUUUA